CUUAAAUGUAGCAUAAUCCCUGGAUACUAAUACCAGAGUUUUGUAGAUGAGAGACAUAUUCUUUUCUCUGGUACUGCAAUUGCACUACACACCUUGGUGACAUUUUAAUUAGUCUAAAUUUAUAUGCUUUUUCAGUAAAGCCUAUUACCCUUAGAAUCAGUGUUCUUGUUAGAAUGAUAAAAAGGAAUUAUUUCUUUGCAAAUUCCUUUUAAGAUCUAUUGUUACUUUAGGCUUAAUAUAAGUUAAAAAGGGUUGUUGAUAUUCAUCUACUGUGAAUUUCCUUAGUAGUACUGCUUGCUGUACUAAGAGCUGGAGAGAAAAGACACAUGAAAAAAAAUGAGAAUCCAGAAGAAAAAAUGGAAGGGAGUAAUAAGUGUGCAUUACUCAGACUUUAUAUAAAAGCUAGUAAUGUAAUUUUGAAGUUUUUUCUUUCAAUCUUCUAUUUUGGAUAUGUUAAUUUGUUUCAAUUAUCAUUUUAGGAAAAACAUUUUGUAGCUGUAAGAUAAGGAUAAUGUCAUAUUUCCUUACAAUUGAAUUACAAAUAAUUGAAUCUUAAUGGUUUUAAAUUAGUAUUUAUGUUGCAAGAAAUUUGUUUUACUUCUGUAAUUUGCUAAACUGAUGCUUUGUGGAAACAGUUUGAAUACCUUAAGAAACACUUGGAUGAACUGACUUCAAAAAAUAGACACUUGGAAUAUAUGAAUACAAAACUUAAAGAAGAAAUUAUGGAAUGUGAGGAGCUGGAUAUUGAAGAUAAUUUAGAAAGAUCGAAAUUAAAAUACAAUCGGGUGGAACCAUAUACACCAAAGAUUAAAGUACAAGUGAAGCAGGAGACUGAAGAACAAAAUGAUCUUUUCUUACAGUUUGAAUACCUUAAGAAACACUUGGAUGAACUGACUUCAAAAAAUAGACACUUGGAAUAUAUGAAUACAAAACUUAAAGAAGAAAUUAUGGAAUGUGACGAGCUGGAUCUAGAAGAUAAUUUAGAAAGAUUGAAAUUAAAAUACAAUUGGGUGGAACCAUAUACACCAAAGAUUAAAAUACAAGUGAAGCAGGAAACUGAAGAACUAAAUGAUCUAUUCUUACAGAUUCAAGACCUGGAAGCUGAAGUCUUAAAAAUGAAAAUCUCACAUCAAGAGACUAAAGCAAAACUAGAGAGAUGCAAAAAGGAUUAUUCUCAAGAAUAUAGGAAAUGAUCAGCAUGAUGAUUUCAGAGAGGUCAGGGGAGACAUACGUAAACUGAUGCUAAGUGAAAUGAGAAGAAAAAGGCUAUUUUUGUACAUGGCAAAAUUAUAUGAUGAUCAAUUCUCAUGAACGUGACUCUUCACCAAUGGGAUCAUUCAGGUCUGCUGACGAUCUUGGGAUCAUGGGAGCCAUCUACACCCAGAGAGAGGACUGUGGCAACUGAUGAUUUACUACAAGUCCCUUUGUGGCGCCACUUCAUGACUAUGACUAUGAUAAUUAUUUGGGCCUUUCAGAAGGAAAUUCAAAAUAUUUUAUUGGAGAAAGAGACUUCAAUAAACGGCAGAGAAGUCUGCUUUGCAAAGGUAGUCAUUUAGAUUUUUUUUUUCUCCUCCUUCAUGCUAAAGAUGUAAUAUAAAAUGUUCUGUUUAGAUGAAUUCCAUGCUCAUGUAUUAUUGUGAUGAAAAACGAUCCCUUUACCCAAUAAUAUUUUAAAAUUCUAAAUAAUGUUUAACCUUUUAGGUUUUUUUUAUAUUUAUAGGUUAUGUUUUAAAUAUAUUUUUUAAAUCCACAAUUAUCAGUCCUUUGAUCUAAUGAGGAUUUAAUCAUGAAAAGGUACAUGGUCUACAUUGUUUAAUGUUCUUUUUGCCUCUCUCUUUGUGAUUUGGAUCACUUCGGUCUAAAAUCAUUUUUUUAAAGUAUCCUCCAUAUUAAUGCUUUUUUUUUUUGAAGUCAUCAUUUACUCCAAUGACACAAAGAAGAAAUAUUGUGCACUUUGCAUUAUCAAGUAAAGCAUUAAGAAGAUGGAAUUUGAGAAAACCAAUUUAAUAUAUUUUUCUUAUUAAAUGGAUUCAAUAAUUUACCAUGUUAAAAUCAUUUCCUUUCUUUUAUAUAUAUGUAUUGACUUAAAACUUAAACAUAAAAUAAGAAAAAAAAAAGCAGAUAAAAAGAAAACAAAACCUUGUCAUGUGCUGGGUAGAACACUGGGAAACAUUAAAAAUAUAUAGCAACAAAUUUUAAUUCAAGAAAACAUAUGAUGAGGUUAGUGGCAGAGUUGUGGAAAUCCCCUUUUGGUCGGAGGCACAAGUUCUUUGUGAUAGAAUUCACAAACCCAAAAUAUUAAUUGGCAAACAUGGAAGUUUAUUGUUGGAUCGGAAACCAGUUUUGCUAUGAGACUGACUUCUUUAGUGGCGGCUCUAUUAGGGAAAUAGAGGCUGGCACUGAGAAGAAAAUGUCUUCUCAGCCGGCAGGGUCCUUUGGACAUUCUGCAAUGAAUGAGUUCAGAAAUUGCCCUUUAAAUGAGAAUCUUGAGGCUCAAGUUUCAGGUUGAAAAGAAAGCCAAAGUCCCAGGUCUAGAUGCUUAUCAGUAUCUGACCCAGAUCUCCGAUUACAAUUUCCAGAAAGGGUCUGGCAUCCCCAAAAGAUCAAUGGAGUGCUUUUUGACCAAGAUUUCUGAUCAAUAAUGACACUUAACUUGUCUGGGGAGAUAUGCUUUCCCAGGAAUGCCUGAGGCUCCAAUCUCCCUCUUUUUACAUUAAAAGGGAAUACAGUUUCAGACUGAUAAUUUUAAAGGGAACACAUUUUCACUCCCCCUUCACGUAUAUAAUAAUAAAAGGCAUUAUAUUCAUAAAUGUCCAUUUUUCUU